CAUACGUUUCGGUCAUAUAAUUUUGGCGUUACGGUAAAAUACAAAAACCAAUUUUUUUUAUUAUUACUUUUUUUCAAUUGAAAAUAAAAAAAAUAAAAUUAAUUGUAAAAUAUUAAAAUUUAGAAAAUAUUUGAAUAUUUGUGUAAAAUUAUUAACAAAGAAAAUUUUUAAGCAGAUUAUUAAAAAAAAAAAUAUCAUAAUAAAUAAAGGAUAUUUUAAAUAUAUAAAAUAUUUUAUUUUAUAAUUUUGUGAAAAAUUUAAUAAACAAAAUAUAGUAAAAAACAAUAAUAUAAAGGAAAUUUUUUUAUAUAUAUAUAUACAAUAAAUAAUAUUAUAAACUGACGAUAUAUAUAUAAUAUAUUACUAAUUUAUUAUAUAUAUAUAUACAAAUAUACAUAAAAAUAAAAUAAAUAUGAUGUUAAUAACGAUAUUGUCAGCUCUAUUAUUGGUUAGCAGUUCUGGAUUUGUUGAGAGUGCAUCACCAAGAUGGGAACCACAAAUAUCGGUUUUAUGUGAAGCUGGUCAAGUAUUUCAGCCACAAUAUUUAACCGAAGAAGGACGCUGGAGUACUGAUUUAAAAAUUAAAACACCAUCAACAUGCUUAAGGGAUCGAAUGGAUUUAUUGGAUUAUUGUAAAAAGGUAAGCAAAUAUGAAAUUUAUGGGCGUAAAAGCUUCAAAAUUUGAAAUUACAUCUUUUACUUUUAUAACUAAAUGAAAAUAUUAAGGUAUUUUAAUUUUAAAUUUUUAUUAAAUUCAUAGUUUUGUAUUAUUAUAAUAAUUAUAAUUAUGUAAUUAACUAGGUUCAUCAAAUUUCUUAACCUCUAAGC